AUGUCAAAAAAUACGGUAUUAAACACGUACAAUUUCGUAAGUACGUCGAAUCGUCAGCUGCCGCUUGAUAGUAAUCAAUAUCAACUUGUUAUACGGCAACAGCCUAAACAAGCUCGAUUAUGUAGUUCGAAAGAACGAGAUCGAAGACCUGUUGAUCCACCUCCAAUUAUUCAACUAAAGGUAGAUGGUUAUGGUGACGAAGCUCAAAAUUUCCUCCAAAGUCCUUAUUAUUUUAUGUGUGCAAACCUUGUGCAUCCAACAGAUAACAGUGAAAGUUUUACCAUCUCUUCGCGUUAUCUUGCUGGUACCGUUGUUUCCUCCUUGCACAAAUUAAAAGACAUCGAUAAUAAUGAUGGUGGAUUUUUUGUGUUUGGUGAUAUAUCCGUACGUGCCGAGGGUCGUUAUCGUUUAAGGUUUAGUUUGUUCGAAAUCGUAAGGGAUGAGGUUGUUCAUUUACAAUCAACGAUAUCAGAUGUAUUUACAGUUUAUUCAUCCAAGACAUUUCCCGGAAUGUCAGAGUCAACAUUUUUAUCAAGAUCUUUUUCAGAUCAAGGUGUAAGGAUAAGAAUUCGUAAAGAACAUCGUAUUCAAAUGAAACGUCCGCAGUCCAAUAAUAGACAAUCUGAUACCGCUGAAGGUGAAGAUGAUAAUAUGAAUGAUGAUGGAAUUGGGGAAUUUUCUAUUAAAAGAAAGAGGAGCUUAAGUAAUCCAAUGCAAUUGCUAUCAAUUUCAACACCUACGCAUGCAAAUCCUUCAAUGGACAUGAUGGAUGCUGCUCCUUCCACGUAUUACCCACCUUACGCGUCAUCUCAUCCACGGUUUCCUUCUAGGCAAAGGGGUGGUGCAUUAUCAUAUCCUCCUCCGUUAGGUUACUCGCAAUCACAUAUACCGCCCCAGCGUCAGCGCUCAUAUUAUGAAGAUUCUGAACACGAAUCCCAUGAUGAACAUAAGUCUAUUCAAUCCUCAUCCGUUGACCUCAUGUUUUCGUCUCCAUCUUAUCAUGAUAACAAUGAUCAUGAACGAUCAGCAUUAAAUAAACGCCCAAGAUUAUCCAAUCCCGAAGUUAUGUCAUAUGAUUAUCGACAACCAUCGACGACGGCACCUUUGAACAAUAACCAAUUCACAAACCAUCAUCAUCAUACUACCGGUUCCCCUCCUCUUCCACCUCCAUCAUCGUAUCGUACAACGGAGAGAAGGACUACCCUACCUCCUCUAUUAGAACAUCAAUCUUCUUACGCUACCGCCUCUACUAACACUUCAACUUCUCAUUUAUUUACCCAUCAUUCUUCGCUUCCUCCUACUCGUCAUCAUUCUUUUGAUACAUUACCGUCUGCAAUUUCUUCUUCUACUGUUACUACAUCCUUGGAAUCUUUUCAUUAUCCUACAACAUCGAUGACAACGUCGAUAACGACGCAACAAACUCAACCUCCUGCAACUUCAUAUUUUCAUCGUCCACCACCAAAAACUCCGUUACCUACUCCGAAAACCUCAUUUGACAAUAAACAAUUACAUUCAUCCUAUCACUAUCAUCCAUUAACAUCUCCAAAUCAAAAUAAUUCAUCUGUAGAUAGUUAUAUCAAUGGUAGCAAUAGUAAUAAGGGUAACAAUGAUACACCUAGCUUUACUCAGCAAUUUACUUUAAGUCCUAGACCCGUACAUUUUCAAUUACCAUCUAAACCUAAUGACAACAACAAUGAUGGCAUAACAAAAACUAAUUCAUUGCCUGUAACUUCCCGUUCAAAUACUAAUACUACAUUUUUGAAUAAUGAAGUUGAAAAUAAUGGUAUCAAUGUUCAAACAAAUGAUUUGAUAGAAUGUUCAGGUGAUGCCGAAUUAAAUCAAAGAAAAGGGAAAUUGAUCCCUAUUAUUGAUUUAAUGUUAGAAUUAACUUGGUCAGGCAAUAUUCCUGAUGGUAUUGAAGCUAAAGGCACGAUUAAAAUUCCUGAAUUGGAGGCUGGAUCAGAAGAAGACUGUCAGUUCGAGAUUACAGUUGAGGAGGAAAAUGACACGAAAAUUCCAAUUAAGAAAAUCGUACGCGAGCAUUUGGUUCCUUUGUUGAAAGAAAAUCUUAAGAAUCUCGGGAAAGAUAUGGUUGAGACUCAUAGUAAAGAUGUUAAGAUUGAAUCUUCUCAGCUUGGACCUGCGACUCCUCCAAGGGCAGUUACACCAAUUGACCCUGCUCAAAUAUCAACCCCCCCUCGGUCCGUAACACCAGUUGCAUUGGGAUCGGAUGUUGGCAAAUCCGCAACUCCGAAUAUCAUUAAUACAACCAGCAUUACUGAAAUAGUUGAAUUACAAACUUCAGCGGAGCAAGUUUAUGAAACGUUGUUUGACCCUGGUCGUGUUGCAGCUUGGACAAGAUCUAGACCGGACAUAUUUAGACAUAUUGGAAGUACUUUUAGCUUAUUCGAGGGAAAUGUUACAGGAAAUAUCUUGGAAUUAGUUCCAAAUGAAAAGAUUGUACAGACAUGGCGUCUUAAAACUUGGCCAGAAGGACAUUUCUCUACUGUUACUAUGAGAUUAGAACAAACUACCGAUUACACUCGUGUUCACAUUACGCAAGAAGGAGUUCCCGUUGGAGAAGUAGACUCCGUUCGCAAUAACUGGCAAUCAUACUAUUGGAAUCCCAUUAAAAGUGUUUUCGGGUAUGGAUCAAUAUCAUCAAUUCCACAAAAUUCCAAGCCUCGUAAAAAUAAAAAUAAACGGGGUAGUGGUGAGAAAAAUAAUAGUUCGGGUGGCGGUGGUAAUGGUAGUAUUGUAUUUACGGUAGCCAUUGUACUGACCGCUAUUGUUUUGGGAUACGCGUUUCUAUCACGUUCUUCUAAUAUGUAG